GUGCCUGUGCUCCGGCCCAUGGACCUGAUGGUGGAGGCCACCCCCCGGAGGGUGUUUGCCAAUGCGCAUACCUACCACAUCAACUCCAUCUCUGUCAACAGCGACUACGAGACCUACAUGUCAGCGGACGACCUGAGGAUAAACCUGUGGAACUUUGAAAUCACAAAUCAAAGUUUUAACAUCGUGGACAUCAAGCCAGCCAACAUGGAGGAGCUGACGGAGGUGAUCACGGCCGCUGAGUUCCACCCGCACCACUGCAACACCUUCGUCUACAGCAGCAGCAAAGGCACCAUCCGGCUGUGCGACAUGCGCACCUCCGCCCUCUGCGACCGCCACGCCAAGU